AUGGUUAUGUGUGCUUUUCGAAGUACCCUCUACCCUUUUGUUCCUUAUGGUUGUUAUUGUGGAUUUGGAGGUUACGGUAUACCAAUGGAUCCAAUUGAUACGUGUUGUCAAGCUCAUGACGAGUGCUACGGGAAUGUUCUUUCUCAAUGUUACAAUCGAACAGGUUUUCUGUAUUUGUGGCCUUAUUUCUGGUCUUGCCCGAAAGUAAGUGAGGGUCAGAUUACGACCAAAAGUGGUAAAUUUCCCAAAUGUGGUGAUAACUCUGACAAUCCAUGUGGCAAAGCAUUGUGUGAAUGUGAUCAAAAAAUCGUUGAAUGUUGGACUAAAAUCUCGAAAGAACCACCAAGCUUAAGACUUAAAUGUAAUCAAACAAAAACGACUACGCCUGUACCUAACGCACCUGCACCAGUACCCAAUAAACCAAGCAGAAGUGAUAAAGAAUGCAAUGAUCAAAGCUCUAAAGACAGCCAAAAAAUUCUUGAUGCCAUGAAUAAAUUCCGGAAAGAGCUCGGAGAAGGAAAAUUUUUAACCAAAGAUAGCAAAUUUCCAAUUGGCAAAGAGAUUUAUAAAAUGAGAUGGAACUGCACUUUACAAGCGUUGGCUGAACAGAAAGUAAGAGAAUGUAAUUUUAAUUUAACAGGUGAAGAUUCGCAAAAAAUUGGUGAAGCUACACAUGUCGAAUAUAAAAUUUCAAAUGAGCCCGUGCAUGAUGCAUUAAAGGAAUGGACAAAAAGAGUGCGAGAGUUUUACGAAGGUAAUGUUAAUCUGUCAACCAAACAAUUCUUCAGUGCAUUAGACGAUUUUGCACAGGUUGCAUCGGGAUUAACCACUGAUGUCGGUUGUGCUACAAAUAAUAAAUGUGAAAUUGAUUAUGGAGAUGGUGAAAUAGAAGGAAUUCAAUAA